AUGGCUCCAAUUCCUAUCAAAAGGGACGCGACUGAUGAUUUUAUCCUAACUCUAUCAGACGACGAGGACUCGAACCUAUUCAAUGGCGAUAUCGACCUGGACGAUGCUGGAGACCAUGACCUGGUUUCCGCGGAACGAUCGAAAUCAAAAUUGAAAGUUUCGGGGACUAAACGUAAAAGGGAUGAAGAACCUACUGCCAAUGGAGCCCAUAAUAAAAAGUCAAAAAAGGCUCAGAAAAAAGAUGGGACAAAAAAGCAGACAGAUAAUGAUGCUGGACUUGAACGGGAUUCCGAGACUGAGCAGGACGUAAAUGAAAACGACGAUGGUGCUUUGGAUCCCGAUUUUGUAUUUGAUGUUGGAGGGGCGGCGGGUAUGAAGCUGGUCGAGGACUUCGAUGGUUGGGGACUCGAUGAGCGUUCCGGUAUUACAAUUGGCGGGAAUGGGAAUAAAAAGGCAGUGGAUAUUGAUGAUAUAAUCUCCCGAAGGCAACAGAAAAUGGAGGAGAAACUGGCAAAAAAGAAGAAGGAACAGAAGAAAGCGGAAGAAAGGUCUAGAGAUGAGUUUACUGGGAUUGAUUCGCAGGAUGAAGGUGAACUAGCGAAUGCUGUGGAUUUCGAGGAAGAUGAGCUUCUGGCUCCUGAUGGAUUUGGUAUGGGAGCUGUUAGUGAAUCAGAGGAAGAGAGUGACAAACCGGUUUUAGAUGACACUUCGGAAGGUGAAUCUGAAGCGGAUUCAUCCAGCGAUACUGAUUCUGAUAACGACUCUGUUGCUUCUCCAGUGCCGCAUCCUGACGACAUUACAUCAGAUGAUGGUUCCGGCGAUGAAAGUGAAGAUGCCGCUGAAAUCGAAAAACAAAAAUCCUUUUUUGCUCCUGAGGAGAAAGCAUCGGCCAACGGCGACCUAAAGUCCGCAAAAUCUUUCCAAGCGUUUUCGCUCUCGAGACCGAUUUUACGGGGUCUCACGUCCGUUGGUUUCACUACGCCUACUCCUAUCCAACGAAAAACGAUACCAGUUGCGCUCCUUGGCAAAGACGUUGUAGGUGGUGCCGUUACAGGGUCCGGAAAAACUGGUGCUUUUAUUAUUCCGAUUUUGGAACGCCUACUCUAUCGGCCUCGAAAAGUCCCGACUAGUCGUGUUGCAAUUCUGAUGCCCACUCGAGAACUCGCUGUUCAAUGUUACAACGUGGCUACAAAACUUGCGACGUUCACAGAUAUCACCUUCUGCCAGUUAGUUGGAGGUUUCAGUCUGAGGGAACAAGAGAACAUCCUCAAAAAGAGGCCCGAUGUCAUUAUUGCUACACCUGGUCGAUUUAUUGAUCAUAUGAGGAACUCCGCUAGCUUUACAGUCGAUACUUUGGAAAUUCUUGUUCUUGAUGAAGCAGAUCGAAUGCUGGAGGAUGGAUUCACUGACGAGCUGAAUGAAAUUUUGACUACAAUCCCGAAAUCACGGCAGACGAUGCUUUUCUCCGCUACAAUGACAAACAACGUCGACAAACUCAUCCGAGUCGGCCUUAAUAGACCCGUGCGGUUGAUGGUCGAUGCUAAGAAGCAGACCGUGGGCACCUUGAUACAGGAAUUCGUCAGAUUACGGCCUGGCAGAGAAGAGAAGCGUUUGGGCUAUCUCAUUGUCCUCUGCAAAAACAUUUAUAAGGACCGCGUUAUUGUAUUUUUCCGGUCCAAAAAGGAGGCUCAUCGUGUGCGCAUAAUUUUCGGGCUCCUGGGACUGAAAGUAACGGAGCUUCAUGGAAGCAUGAGCCAAGAACAGCGUAUUAAAAGCGUUGAAAGUUUCCGUGACGGGAAAGUAUCUUUCCUUCUCGCUACGGAUGUCGCCUCCAGAGGUCUCGAUAUCAAAGGUGUAGAAACCGUUAUUAACUACGAAGCUCCUCAAUCGCACGAAAUUUAUCUUCACCGUGUUGGACGUACAGCACGUGCGGGGCGCUCAGGACGUGCAUGCACCUUAGCUGCAGAACCGGACAGGAAAGUGGUCAAAGCUGCCGUGAAAACUGGUCGAGCGCAAGGAGCGAAAAUCGUAAGCCGUCUCAUUGAAACGGCCGAGGCCGACAAGUGGGCCGCCAAGGUGGAGGAGAUGCAAGAGGAAGUCCAAGAGAUUCUCAGGGAGGAGAAGGAGGAGAAACAGCUAGCUCAAGCGGAAAUGGAAGUCACCCGCGGCAGCAAUCUGCUUAAUCACGAGAAGGAGAUCAUGUCCAGGCCCAAGCGGACUUGGUUUGAGAGCGAGAAAGAAAAAUUGCAAGCUAAGCAGCGCUCUCUUGAAGAGUUAAAUGGGCCAAGUAAGAAGAAGAAAGGAAAGCUUAGCGGGAAGGAUAAAAAGAAACUUGAUGACAACCGCGAAAGGCGAGAAGGGAAGGUAUGGAAGAAGGGUAAAGCCGAACGCGAAACCCAAGUUCGGGGCCCAGCGAAGGGAAAAGAUGGCCACAAAGGAAAAGGGAAUGGGAAACCAAAAGCUGGAGGGAAGAAACUCUUGAAGCGGUGA